CACCCAGCGGACCUCCGGGUGCCCCAGGGGCCCCUAGCACGUCUCGGCUCAGGCAUGGCACUGGGCUCUUUUGACUUUGGCAAGUGCUCUGAAGGACUGGGGGGGCUCCCAGGGGCCCAGAUCUAAUGUGUUUUGCACCAGCGAGCGCCAUAUUCUGGAGAAAAUCCGUCAGUGUAGUUGCUUUUGCACUUGACUGAGCUUGCAGUGAGAUUGCAUUUUAUUUCUCGCGAAUAACGGGUUGGAUUCAGUAGUUUCACGUAUUAAUGACUGAAAGUGCCAUUGGUUUGAGGAAAGGAGCCAGCAGAGGCAGAGCAGCCCGUGUGCGCAGCCCAUGUGCGCGGUGUGGAGCAGCGAGUGUCCGCGUCCGUCCGUCCGAGCGUUUGCUGAGUCAGGAGGCAGUGGCACCACCGCUCGCUCGGGUCUUUCUUGUUUUCCUAGCUAUUCUUAUCUCGUUGACCCAUGAGCUUUGACGUUUUGUUCAAGUGACGUCUGGUUUCAGCGCUCGGAUCGUGCCAUGCGUCCCGGGAAGCACCGGAUCCCUGUUUUUUCGCUGGAGUAUGAACUUGUUCCCUCUAGCGCAGGAUCCGCUGGAUCUUUUCCGCCUGAAUGUGUGUGUUUACUGUCGGAUCGCUGCGCACCUGACACUCUUUGACUUCCACGGCGCGUGUUUAAUGAAUGAACCGCUGGGUUUUUUUUCAUCGAGCUGAGGGAUUGUACCGUGUCCGACCUUCAUUGCGGAAAAACAGCCGGAGACUGAUGUGAAAGCCCGCCGCUGAAGUACGUGCUCCGCGAGCCUUGAUCCAGCGCGCGGCUGUUGUGAUCAUGUCUGUCCACAUAGUGGCCUUGGGUAGUGAGUGUCCCGGGGGUGUCGGGCCUGGGGAUGAGACGACCAGCUCGGGACAGAUACAGGGUGGCCUGUUGUGGAGCUACCUGGGCCACGGUGCUCGAGAGCUAGAUCCAAACUCCAUGACACCAUCAAGGCAUCCCUUAAACCCUGCAUUUAUGGAGUACCAGUCUAGAGUAAUGGGGGAUGUCAGAGUGAUGGUGCGGGAUUGUCCCAGCUGGGACAUUUUGGACAGUGACUGGGCGAACGUGAGGAGCAUUCUGGAGCAGGCCGACAUCGUGGUCAUUAAAUACUCGGUAAACGACAAACUGGCCUUUCAGCAGGUCCGAAAUGGCUACGCCCCAAGACUUCGGCCUCUUCUCCGACAUUGGGGUGUUCCUGUGAUUCUGGUAGCGGUGGGUGCGAGGCUUAACGAUGAAGGUCCGCCGUGCACAUGUCCUCUGUGUGCGUCCGACUGGAGCAGCUGUGUGCCCCACAGCGAGGGGCUCCAGCUGUCCAGGGACCUCGGGGCCACGUACCUGGAGCUGCCCUCUCUAAACAAUUUUUUUGUGGGUCGUUACUUCGGCAGUGUGCUGGAAUACUUCAUGAUUCAGUGUCUGAAGCAGAAAGCCAAAGAGCGGCCAGACAAAAGGCGGGGUCACCGACUAAACGAGCCCCGCCCCCCUCAUUUGGACCAGCCAGCUCGUCUCCCGCCAGUAAGAGUAGAGGAGUCCAGCUUCUCCCAGGACCUGCAGUGGCUCCUGGAACGUGGCGUUCAGUUCGCAGACGUGGCUUUUUACGCUGGGGAGUCUGGGAAGGAGCUGGGCUGGGCUCACGCAUCCGUCUUAUGUGCUGUAAGCCCGUAUUUCAGGCAGCUGCUGGUUGGACGGCAGGCUUGGGAGCGACCUGUGUCUCGCUGCACCUGCCGGGACAGAGACGGCCCUCAUUCGCUUCUGUCCACCUGGGACGGAGGUGUGGAUGAUCUGCCUCGAGCAGAUGGGCAUCCGCCGGGACACCUUUCUCGGCUGGUGGUGAAGGACCCGCUGCUGUGUUUGUGCCUGUGGGAGACGUUAAUGUUUCUGUAUAGAGGGGCCUGGGAAUGGGAAUACCUGGAGGAAGCCAUCGCUGAAAAACUGAAGAACCCUAUGGCCGUGGCUCAACUGAUGGAAAGAAUGCGCUCGUUCGUCGGGAGAGAAAAGGCCCCCAGGGACACGCCCACACCUCGCUCUCAACAAGGUCCUAUGACACUGGGAAGUCUCUUCAAUUCCCCUCUGUAUUCUGAUGUCAUCUUUAUGGUGCAAGGAAGUGUGUUGCCAGCACACAGAGCUGUACUUGUGGCCCGCUGUGAUGUCAUGGCUGCCAUGUUUAGUGGGAAGUAUGCGGAAGCACGAAGUCGUGUGGUGCCAAUCCACGGAGUCUCCUCUGACACCUUUCUAGCUUUCCUAGAGUACCUCUACACUGACACCUGCUGUCCAGCCAGUGUGCUGCAGGCCAUGGCUAUUCUGGUAUGCGCAGAGAUGUACCAGGUGAAGCGUCUGCAGCACCUGUGUGAGGUGUGUGUGUGCGCGUAUCUUCAGAGCAUGCCCAGUCGAGAGCUUGCGUCUACAGGCAUCAGCGUCAUUCGCUUACUGAGGAGAGCAAAGUGUCAUAACGCUGACCAGCUAUACGUCUGGCUCCUCCACUUCAUUGCCAAUAACUACCUGAUCUUCAGCCACAAGCCUGACUUCCUGGAGUUAUCAGACGAGGAGCGUGAGCAGGUGGAGCGUCUGCGCUGGCCCUCCAGAGGUUACCUGCAGGAGCUCAGCGAGUACCAGCAGCGCAGACGGCAGAUCCGCAAGUCUCGCUGCAGCAUCAUGUGA